CUUGGUAUGGCAGUCUGCUGGAUCACCUCCAUCUGCCUUUCAUAUACCAUAUGAUUCUUUCAAACAACAAUUUGAUUCAAGUGGAACAAAUGAUUCUCACAACUUGAACCCUUCUCGUGUUUAGGAACAGAUGGGAUCUUGUCUGAAGCUAGAUGGCUUCUUGAUGUUGGGCUUAAUCCAAAUUCAAACUCAGCAACUCGAGCAAUUGGUUACUGACAUGUCUUGAUGUUAGCUCGGAUGUGUCAACUGGAGAACAAAAUAUUUGCUGUUGGAGAACCUUCUUAUCGUGCUCGUAGAAGUAGAAUCAAAAGGGUGCGAGAAGGCUUUGAGAAUUCCCUCAGGGGAAGGAUUGAACUUAUUGACAGUUAUGCAAGAGUAGGUGGAAAUGGACAUCUGAUGUCCUUGCUGCUGAAUCAGCAAGAACUGCAGAAACCAUAUCAGAACAGAUACAACAAAUCUUCGAACUGGAGAAUCUUGAAGAGGCAUGUCCCUGUUCCUAAGUGGAGGCUCCAAGCUGAAGCAAACGAUGAGGCAGAAGGACUCCUUAGUUCACAACCUAUGCCAUCACCAGCAGAAGAGAUCAAUAUGAAUGAUCUGUAAUUCAUUUGAUUCAAAUGUAGCAUGGUUUAACAUCACUAUCAUGUGGUCGUGGGGGAUGACAUGCUUUAUUCAAAGCCAAAAUUCGAGCUUCUAUCACACCUGAUAUCUUUUCCUCUAGUUUCUAAUUAUCCAUCCUCUUGGAAGCAAAUUAAUCUUGGGUAGAAGAACUUUGGCAAUGACUAAAUUACGUUGGGAUGC